GGCCUAUACUAUGUGAGUGGAUUGAUCUCUCGCUUUAAAAUAAAAAAAUACAAUUACUGGUUUCAAAUAACAUCAUAAUUUUUGAGCGAUUUUCCGGAUACGAAAAUGAAAGAAAUUGUGGUGGUUUUCCGUUCUUUGAACGUUUUUGGAUACGUAAGUUAACGAAAAAUGUAAUCGUUUUCUGUUCGUUUCCGAAUACGGAAAAAUUUACGAGACCGCACUGUCGGCAAAAUUUAUGUUUUACUGCUGGCUGGGAAGCGCUGCGCUUAUUUGGUGCAGUUAAUUUCAAAUCUAAUUUAAAUGUGAAUGAAUAGCUGUUGUUGUCCGGAGACUACUUACCUACAUAGUUUUAGCAGUGGUUGUUGUUAGUUGUUUUUUUUUUCAACGAUUUAUUUGCCCAUUAUUUAAAAGGAGCCACGAACACGAAUCAACCAAUUAUGAACGAAAAUCGGGCGAACUAUUUACUUCAAAACACCUGUCAGUCAUAGUCGGUAAACAACGUACAGCACUCGUUAUCCUCUCGCCAGCGGAAAUGUGCAUAGUGAAUAACUAAUUUUCUCUUAGCAUCCGCUUCAGGUUUGGGAUGUUGAUCUUUUGCUAGCAAAGAAUGAAGGCAGUAUAAAAAAAAAAAAACAAAUACUUCUUAGAGAUGACAUCGAAAGUGACAAAUGUCUCAGCUUCACAAGCAACAGCUUUAAAGGGUGUUGUACGCAAUAGCAGUUAUGUAAUACCCGGCUUAUACGAUCUUAGUGUCGAGGACACAAAUUGGGUGCUGACGUCAUCAUUCAUCAUUUUCACAAUGCAAACUGGCUUUGGCAUGCUAGAGUCAGGUUGUGUGUCAAUUAAGAAUGAGGUGAACAUAAUGAUGAAGAACGUCAUUGACAUUGUAUUGGGUGGCUUCACUUAUUGGCUCUUCGGCUAUGGUAUGAGCUAUGGACGUGGACCGCUAUCGAAUCCAUUCAUAGCGGUUGGAGAUUUUCUGCUCGACCCACCGGUGGGCGAUCCUUUGAUGGGACAAAUUUUCGCCGCCUUUCUCUUUCAGCUGUCCUUCGCUACGACAGCAACAACAAUUGUUAGUGGCGCUAUGGCGGAGAGGUGCGUUUAUUAAUUUUAUAUUAAUUUUUAUGCACUCACUUAUACAUAUAUUUAUUAGACUGACCCAAUUUUAUACAAUGACGCUAUAUUUUGAGGCUGAUAGCUAAAAACUUUCGAAUACUUGUGAAAACUCAUCUGAACAAGUCUGGUUGCGAAAUUCAAAUAUUAACCCAAUUCGAGUCUCUGGUUUGUAAGAUUUUUGGCUACCAAGUAAUAUUUUAGAGCGUAUUGAAGGAGACGUCAAGGGUAGAUUUUGUAGAAAAUUUUCGCGCUUCCAGGCUAAAUAUAUGUUUUCGGGUUCGCUGACUUGGUCAGAUGAAUUUAUACAAGUAUUCGAAAGUUUUAGCUAUCAGCAAAAAAAAAAAAAUAACGACAUUGGCCAAAAUUGGGUCAGUCUAAUAUUUCGUAUGCUUAUACGUACGCGAUAAAUAUUGUGGCGAAUGUUCGAAAUCUAAUAUGCAUACUGAACUGAGAACGAUCUCAUAACCAACCUUAGGUUUCCAACCAGGGUUGCCACUUUGGUAAA